GCAACUAACUAAAAUUGUCAGUUGACGACGCACUUUCGUAGUUAUCGUACUGUAUUAACGCGCAUUAUCAAUACAGAGUUUAUUUGCUUCUACUCUCGUUAUUUAUAAUAAUUAAUUAUAUUUAAAUAAAUUAUCUAUUGACUUAUAAGUCAUUUAUUGACAAAAUAAUUUGAAAAUGGCGAUUAAAAAAAUCGAAUCUUGCUGUUGCUUUGAUUUAAAAACGGGAGUACUUAUUAUCUGUGUUUUGGGUAUUCUGGGUAACAUUGGUAGUAUAAUUCAAGGACCUGUAGCUUACAGUCAAGCUUGCAGAGGCGGAAGAACAGUUGACAAUGAUUCCAAUUGCGCGAGCGCAAGUUCAAUGUUGGCAGUGACAAUUAGUAGUGCCGUUAUUGGAUUUAUUUUGACUUCUCUUACACUCUAUGGAUCACAAAAAGAAAAACAUCAAUUAAUGCUGCCAGUUAUUAUUCUUCAAGCAAUUGGACUAGUAAUUUUCUUUAUUGCUGUUUGGUAUUUGACUAUUGUUGCUUUUAUAGCGUCUGUAGGAGCAGGAUUUUUAUUUAUGAUUAUCGGCAACGCAGUUGUUGGUAUUGGUGUAUAUUUAUGGCUGGUGCUCUACAGUCGCUGUGCUGAAAUUAGAGAUGCAAGUCACCCAUCAGGUCAUGCCUAAAUUUUGUGUUUUUUUUUUCUAAAUACUUAUUUAUUUUUAUUGAUUAUAAGUAAUGAGUUUUUUUACCUUGAGUACCAUCAAGUAUUUUUGAUAUCAUACACUGUCUACAAAUAUAUAGAUAUAUUUCCUCAACGUUUUCAUUUGUAAGCAUUUUUUUUACUCACUUCAGAAUAUUAAAUGAGUAUUAAGUCUGACAAACAGAUCAAUUAUAACUUUUGCUAUAAAACUCAAGUACAAAACAUAAUAAGUCACUAUAGUCUAUCAUUGCGUCCAUUCUUAAUAUAUAUAUAUAUAUAUUCACAAAGUUCGCAGGAAAGUGAACAUGGGAUGUAAAUCAAUUGACAAUUAGUAUAUCAAUUUACAUCUUAAGUCCACUUUCCUGCGAACUUUGUAAAUAUUAAGUAACUAUUUUUUUUUUCUUUAUAUAAUUUUAUUUGAAUAAAGAAAACAUUAAAAAAUUCUAAUUUAAGAAAAUAUAUAUCUAAUGUUUGCUCAUAAUUGUUAACUGAACUAUUAUAGUUAUUGUGAAAAUGUAUGAGAUGUUUUUGAAGAGAAUUUAAUUCUCUGUAGAAAAGGUUUUAAGUACCAGAUCUCUCGGAUUGAUAUUUUAAAAGUUACACAAGUAAUAAUAAGACAAUAUUGCUGGGCAAAAAUAAAAGAAAAUGAUUCAAUUUUUGAUAGGCAAAUAUAUAAGACAAUAUUAAAAUUAAAAUUUGUGGGAUUUUGACUGAUUUACUAAGAGAUAAUCAGUAAAAUUUAUCACUGCCAUAAAUAUACUUUCUAAUUAAUAUCAAUUUUAUUAUUUUUUUUUUCUUGAAAAUUGAAUUAAUAAAAAAAAACAGACAAAUAAAUAUAUACCUCAUAUAUAUAAUUACCACUUAAAAUAUAUAUCGAUAAAAUGAUACUUAUAUAUUUUAUAAACAAAUUAACUACUUUACAAAUAAAUAUAUAUAUAGAUAAAUUAAGUAUGAAAGUAUUGUUAUCACCAACUGUUAC